AUGAAAUUGUCCAAGAACAUUGUUUUAGGACUUGCCGCUUUCAAAGCUGCAAUUGGUAAUGCUCAGCAAGAAGCGACUGCGCCAGAGGGAUCAGCGGUCGUGAAGUUGACUUCCGAAACUUUUGGUGAUUUUGUCAAAGAACACCCAUUGGUGUUGGCCGAAUUCUACGCACCAUGGUGUGGCCAUUGUAAGACUUUAGCGCCUCACUACGUGGAAGCUGCCGCUGCCCUCGAAAGCAAAGAUAUCCUACUUGCGCAGGUUGACUGUACAGAGGAAACCGAACUGUGCAUGGAACAAGGAAUCAGAGGCUACCCAACUUUGAAAGUGUUCAAGAACCACCAGAUAGAGUCUCCAAGUGAAUACCAGGGCGGUAGAACCGCUCAGUCUAUUAUCGCUUACAUGACAGCUCAAUCCAUGCCUGCCGUUUCAGUCAUCUCCGGUGAGGACGCCGCUGAUGACUUCAAAGACGUGCUGGCCGAGUCUCCAUCAGCCGUUAUAGUUGACGGUGGUGUCUCUGGUCUAAACGACACAUUCCACGAAUUGGCCGAGCUAUUCAGAGAUGACUUCGUUUUCGUUCAGUACAAUCAAACUGGAGCUGAACCACAAUUAUCCAUUUACUUGCCCAAGGAAGCCGAGCCUAUUAACUUCUCGGGCAAGAACAGCUCGCUAACACACUUGGUCGAAUGGCUUCAGAUCGAGACCAAGCCAUUUUUCGGUGAGAUCAACGGCGAGACUUUCCAAUCGUACAUGGGCGCCAACGUGCCUCUAGCAUACUUCUUCUACACUAGCCCAGAAGAGCGUCAAGCCUACGAGGAAUUCUUUGGCAAGUUGGGCAGAGAACAUAGAGGUUCCAUGAACUUUGUUGGUUUGGAUGCCUCGAUGUUCGGCAGACAUGCUGACAACUUGAACAUGAAGCAACAAUUCCCUCUUUUUGUCAUUCACGAUGUCGAGAAGAACCUAAAGUACGGAAUGCCACAGCUAAGCGAGGAGAAGUUUGCUGCCUUGACUAAGCCUUUGGAAUUGAAGACUGCUGACAUCACCAAAUUCAUUAAAAGCUUCCUAAACGGUAAGCUUGAGCCAAUUGUGAAAUCUGAGGAAAUCCCAGAGGUUCAAGAGACCAGCGUUUUCAAGAUUGUUGGUAAAACCCACGAAAGUGUUGUCAACGACGAAAAGAAGGACGUUCUGGUGAAGUACUACGCCCCAUGGUGUGGCCACUGCAAGAGAUUGGCUCCUAUCUACGAGGAACUGGCCGCUAUCUACGUUUCCGAUGAAGACGCUAACAGCAAGGUGAUAGUUGCCAACGUCGACGCCACUUUGAACGAUGUCAACGUCGACUUAGAGGGGUACCCAACAUUGAUUCUAUAUCCAGCCGGUAAAAAAUCCACACCAGUCGUUUACUCCGGUGCCAGAGAUAUUGACUCACUCAUGAACUUCAUUAAAGAAAGCGGUCAACACGGUGUUGACGGAGCCGCUUUGUUGGAGCAAAAGCUAGCUGAGGACGAGGCCGAAGCCAUUGAAGAAGAAAGCGUCGAGCACGACGAGUUGUAG